AUGCCCAAUUCAGGACACGAAGAUGUUGACGCAGCCAGAGCUCUGUUAUCCUUGAGCCAUCGUCACAGAACGAUCGAGGAAGGGACUGCCGCUUUGAAUUUGUCAGAUGUCCAGGGCCCUGCUGUGUCAGACCCAGGCGACAAUCUUUUGCCGGACAGUGGGAGCGAUGGAAUGGGAAGUGACUUUAUAACCGUUCAAGCGACAGCCUUUAGUGUUAUAUCACGCGAUGCGGCUCAUACGCGUGGUCUGUCUGACCCUACCGGUGCAGAUACGGUCCAGCCUGGGGUCAAGAGAUCUGCUACUGAAGUCCAACGCGUCGGUCCACCAAAAACUCCAGUGAACACCAGAAGCGUUCGGCUGCGCGUAUCGAGGUCAGCGCCCCGUCCAUCGACCCAGAUGCGUAUUCCAUUUGACACUGCCACUGAAACCCUGACUCCGCCUCGUGCUCGUGUUCAGAGGUUUGAUAUGUUGAACAGGGACGUCGAAGCUCAAAGAGUCCCCCAGACAGAUAAUAUGACCGCUACUGGUUUAGCACAGCCACAAAAAGUAUCCAAAGUCCCAUCGCCUUCUUCCAUUGACAAUAGGAGGCUGCUGAAAAUGACCAAUGAACAAAGGCUGCAAGAAUUUCUCAUUCGACAGCAGCGUAUUGCUGGCAUUCCGCCUGAGAAGAUGAUUUUCAUAAGAGAUCAACAGCAGGACGGACAAGGUAGAGAGCUUGCAAAGCCACCACCGAUAGUACAGAUUACGAAUCAAGGUGUGUUCACACCGGAAAUACCACCAGCAAGAUUCACCGGAGUUUUUCAUCCCUUACCAAUGGACAUCGAUACCACCACAAGCGUUAGGCAACCCGAAACACAUGGAGAGGAGAACCAAAUGAAUGAUGUGGCCCAAUGUGAAGCUGCAAUUAGCCAAGAGACGAAUGUACUUCACAUUGUUCAACCCAAUGCAGCAGGUGAUAACAGCUAUGUCGCCGGCGCACAGCAAGCUCCACAACAAGACAUUGGAGAUUCUUAUGUCCGAGAUAAGAUGCCUAAAGUGACAUUUCCUAUGCAGCACUUAACACGAAAAAGUCAAGAUGGCCUGAAUGCAAACCUCACUGACUUGGUGAAGAAGAAUAACCAAAAUACAUCUGGAUAUUCAAGAAUGAUGACCAAGCAACAUGUCGAGCAAUUGCAGUCUCAAGACCUGUCUCAGCAUCCUGCUGCGACAAUGACAACUUCAGCUGGCAGUGCAAGUUCAGGCGGGGUUAAAAACCGGACAGAAAACAGGAUGCGUCCAUUCAAUAUAUUGCAUGCAUUCGUCCUUCAUUAUCCAGAUGUCGUCUUCGAAAUUGUGCGUCACCUCGGACUGGGAGACAUCCUGAAUUUGUACGAAACUUCCAAAUACUUUAACCAAUUUGUGAUCGUUAACAGACGAUCAUUUAUGUCAAACCUGGCUAAAGCGAGAGCUCCCGAAUCUGCUUCGAUAUUCAACUAUCGUUGCUACCGCAUCUUCACGAUUCCAAACCCCGAGCAUCCAAAUAGGAGUGGUGUUGACCCAAACUUUCGGUGGGUGGCAAUGACCUGCAAUCGCGAGAACGUAGUCCAAGAUAUCACAAGACUCAUGGAAGAAUAUGGAGUGCCGCUACCAGGUCGCUGUGGGCUUGUGAUAAAGAAGCUCUGGAUGUUGAUGGACAUCUGCGACAAUGGUCGCCGAAUUUGGACCAUACGUAACAAAAACCUGUGGCCUGACACUGAUUUAUUCUUUGCGACUCUCUUCUUUUUCAGGCUUCAAAUAGUCCUCGAAAAUCGGCCCGUCAGGGUUGGCAGGAAGGGCAUACGACGUACCAUUCUGGCUCAACCUGAUUUCACUCUAUUAAGAGACACACUCAAAGGUACUGCACUGCAGACUCCGCUUGAGGUGGUUAGGGCAUAUAUCAAGUGGCGGUAUAACCCCUUGCCUGACCAAGUCGGUAAGCCUAUUUUCGGUGUGGAUCCAAAGGAUGUCGGGGCGCUUCAAUUCGAAGGAUAUACCAGGGCGGAUAACGGGGCGCAGAAACUACAGACACCAGACGAACUUGUAUUGAGGGAAAGCGUACGGCGAAAGCUGAACAUGGGAAGACUUUACAUAGAGAUAUUAUCCCGCUAUGACGACCCUCCUGCACGACGUGAACCUUCAUGGGUGGAAGAAGUACAAAGGGAAUUCGGGGAUGGGUGGGAAGACGACGUGGUGUUGGAUUGA